AUGAUUUUGGUUCAUUUAAAUAUUUACCAUCUUUUCUUCCUCAAAUUUAAUGGAUUUCAGGUAAAAGAGUAUAUCAUUGAGAGCCUGAUGAAAGAAUCGGAACCUUAUUUGGGAAUGGCCGUCACAUUCACAUUGAUUGAAUAUGCGAAAGAGCAUCUCGAUGAUCUGCUCAAAGAUCAGAAUGAGGCAGCAGUUUUGGCAGCAGAAACUUCAGAGUUGCGAGUGGAUGAUUCAGAAUCAGAAUCGGAUGAGUCUAAAAAUGGAAUGUUUGGUAUGAAAGGCAAGACGCAAAUGACGAAAGCACAGAAAAGGAGAAUGUGGGAUCGAACCGAUGCUUCAAAACACGGACAGAUGGUGCGUUGA